UCCAAACAGGGCCUUUGUUCAUCCGGUGGUAGAGCGACGGGAGGAAGCCUCGCACGUCCGCUGCUCCUUCCCGGUGGUCUGGCGCUACGCCUCGACCCGCCCAUCCACGGAUCCACCCACCACCGACGCCUCUCCAGGUCGAUGGCGGCACAGCUCACCAAUGGUGGUGGCGGCCCCACCACCACCACUUCCCUCGCCGACGACCUCCACGCCGUAGCCGAGAUCCUGCUCCGCCUCCCAUCGCCGGCCGCCCUCGUACGCGCCGCGCUCGCCUCGAGGCGUUGGCGCCAGGUCGCCUCCUCCCCGGGGUUCCUCCGCAGGUACCGCUCCCGCCACGCCUCGUCGCCCCUGCUUGGCCUCUACGUCCCCCGCGCGCACGCUGGGCUCCCCUCUUUCCAGCUUGCGGAUUCGGUCCGAUCUGACCGCGCCCUCGCCAAAUUUGUGCGCGCGGGCGAUUUCAAUCUCACCGGCCUCGGGAGCCAUCCGGAGUGGCGCCUCCUUGACUGCCACAGCAACCGCCUCCUCCUCUCCAGAGGCGAAUCACGCGCCGUGUACGACCCCGUGUCUGGCCGUGAGCCACUAUGGCUUCCGCAAAAUAGCCCCCUCGAAGGCACCUUCAUUUCUGAAUGUUUGUUGCAAGGCCAUAGCGACGAUGCGACAUCGUUCCGUGUGGUCUCCCUGCAGCAUCGUGGCCGUGACCAGAUGGUGCGAGCUGCCGAGUACGACUCAUGUACUCGCCAGUGGCAUCGCCAUCAGUGGGUGAAGAACAUCAAAAGACCUCAACAUGACCAGGCGAUGCACUCUGAUAGGCUCAUCUUUUGGAGAUAUGAAGACGCUUCAUUGCUCUUGCUUGACAUGGCAACUGUGGAAUUCUCCAUCCUUGGACUCCCCUUCACCUUCUUCCAACCGUCAAUGUAUGCCAUAGGAGACACCGACGAUGGUGUGUGCUGCCUUGUGGGCCUUGUUGGCAGCAUUAACAACCUCCAUUUGCAAGUGUGGCUGCUAAAGGAGGAUGGUGCUGUCAAGACGUGGGAGCCAGAGAAGAAAGUUCCAGUGAGCCAAGUGCUUGGCAGGGAUGCCCAAUUGCAUCAAGUCCAUGUCGUAACCAAUGGACUAGCUCUUCUAUGCUGGGAUCGGUGCCACCAAUUCGCCAUCAAUCUGAGGAAAAUGUGUAUCAAUGCUGAAUUUGAGUGCAGUGCUCUUGGUUAUCCUUUGCAAAUGCCAUGGCCACCUGCUGUGUUGGUGGAAACUGGUAGUGAGACUAUUAAUUAUCUUGUGGAUGUUGUAACACAAAAUCUUUUGGUAAUCGAGGAAACUGAGAUGAAUAUGAUGGUUGGUGUGCAAUGUGACAAGAUGGUUCGCAGAAGCAAGAAAAUUCCUAUUAGCAAGCUAGGUCAUGUUGGUGACAUCAUCCACUAUAAUCAAAUGGUCAUCCAUGGCUGUGAGAUGGUUCAAGGUAUUCAGAAGACUCAUGGUAAUGACACUACUGAGUCGGUGAUACGAACUAAAUCAAGAUGUGGUAGCGAGAUGGCUUCUAGUGAUCAUGGUGGUCAGAUGAUCAACUGUAAUCAAACUGUCAUCUAUGAUAGUGAGAUGGUUCAAGGUAUUGAGAGGAAUCAUGAUAAUGGCACUGCUGAGAUGACACCACCUACCCCAUCAAGAUGCAGCAAUGAGAUGGAUCACAGUGAUCAGAUGAUCCACUGCAACCAAAUGGUUAUUGAGGGCCGUGAGAUGGUUCAAGGUAUUGAAGCUACUCAUGGUACUUACACUGUUGAGGCAGCGCCUACCUCAUCAAGACAUGGCUGCAAAAUAGUCCCUGGUAGCAGGAUGGAUCAUGGUUGCUCAGUUAUCCGCUGUAACCAAAUGGCCAUCCAUGACAGGCAGAUGGCUCAAGGUAUUGAGAUGCCUCAUGGUAAUGACACUGCGGAGGCAGCACCAGACGCACCACCAACCACAGCAAGACGUCGGAGAAAGAACUCCAUCAUCUGGGAGCAUUUCACUACUGAAACUGAUUCUGAUGGAUGCACACGAGCAUGCUGUAAUUAUUGCAAGAGAAUCUUUGCCUGCUCCAAAACAGCAGGCACUAGCCAUCUAAAAAGGCACAUUACCCUGGGUUCGUGUCCUGUGAUGAAAGGUCAAGUGCUUCCUUUAUCAGGAAGGACAGGAAAUCAUGGCAGCGGUGCUGUGGAGAAACCUUCCAAGAGGCUAUGCUUAUAUGCUGGCCCUGGAAACGAUGCAUUUAAUCAAAACAGUAAUACAUCGUAUCUGGGGAACAUAGACAUUCUGACUGAGCCUCUAACUACAAAACAAGGAAAUGAAUACUCAAUAUCAAAAUGCUUAAAAGUUUUACAUGACAUGGAUGAUAUGUCAGAUGAGAUCAAGCAUCUUGCCUAUCAUGUUCUCAAGGAUGCAACAAAUCGAGAGAUAUUUAUGAGCUAUGAAUCAAGACUUCGUGGUUUGUGGUUGAAGAAGGAAGUUAACAAACUUGGAAUAUGACUGACUUCAUGUAAGUCUUGCUGUAUCUGCCCUCUACCCUCUUUGUUGUUUGCGUUUGUUCAAGGUUGAAUACUUUUGUUUCAAAAUUGCAAAUUUUUUUUUGGAGUAAUGUGUAAUGAGCUUGUUAUAUACCAAAGUGCUUGUAAUGGCCUGAACUCCAUCAUCAUUCUUGGUGCUUGGUCAAUUUGGAACCAUUGAAAUCGAUGUGUUUUUGACGGGAUUUAUCCAAGCCUAAAUGGAGUUCUGUCAAUUGUCAGAGAAGAGAUGCAUCUGUUGACUUUUGCUGGAGCUAGAGGAGUUUCUCAUCUCCUCGCCCUGGCAUCUUAUCUUAGUGCUAGUUAGGGUCUGGUAUUUCCCUCUGGUAACAGGUGAUUAGUUCUUUUGUAAGAUGAGGGUUUUUUCUGCUCAGGUUUUUUCCCUCUGGUUUUUUGCAGAAGACCUACCAGCUCAGGCAAAAGAGGAGCUGUGUGGGGGGGUCUGGGGGAGGAGGAAGCCCGCCGUUGCAAACUGUCUUAGUAGUACCAAGUGUGUCCCUGAGAAAGUUACUUGCAAUGGGAGUGUGAGAGCUAGUUUUUUGGGUUGUUCUUUGUAAACCGAUGGCUCGGUCCAUGGUAAAACUGUACUGUAAACCGAUCAGACGGUCUUUUGCUUUUGCUUAAGACGGGGUCAAGGCCCUAAAACUCUAAAAAAAUGCAGGACGAAGUAAGGUCUUGAAGUAGUACUAGUGCUGGCUGUAUUUUCAAGUCAAAGUAGCCUGUAUGAUAAUGGUUACUUCAGAACUUGUUACUUAUGGUGUAGUGUUAUUAUAACACGGGCUGUAAUUUGGUCAUU